CCUCGGUCUGCUACACCAUCCGUGUUUAACAACCUCCUACUGACAGCAGCGUUCAGGGAAAGAUGGCGACCAUAGUCCUUCACCGAGUGGGUAUAGGCCUGAAACACAUGAGAAAUGGGCUUAAUGCGAACGGACAGAUCACACUAGUAGUAAGGAGCCUCUCAGGCUUCCGUGAAGACAGCUGGUUCAAAUCUCUCUUUGUUCGAAAGGUUGACCCCAGAAAAGACGCUCACUCUCAUCUGCUCGCCAAAAAAGAAGACAACAAUCUCUACAAAAUACAGUUUCACAAUGUCAAGCCUGAGUGCCUUGAUGAUUACAAUGCACUCUGUGAGGAUGUGUUGCCUUCUAUUCACACUGACCCUGAAUACCCCUGUGAGCUUGUGGGAACCUGGAACACCUGGUAUGGAGAGCAGGAUCAGGCAGUUCAUCUGUGGAGAUAUCGUGGAGGAUACCCAGCUCUCACUGAAGUCAUGAACAAGCUCAGACAGAAUAAGACGUUUAUGGACUACAGGAAUGAGAGGGGAAAGAUGCUGCUUUCUCGCAGGAACCAGCUGCUGCUGGAGUUCAGUUUCUGGAAUGAACCCGUCCCUCGUCCAGGACCCAACAUCUAUGAGCUUCGAUCAUACCAACUUAGGCCAGGGACAAUGAUCGAGUGGGGAAAUUACUGGGCGCGUGCUAUUGAAAUCCGCCAGCAGAACCAGGAGGCAGUGGGAGGCUUUUUCUCACAGAUUGGAAGUCUGUACACAGUUCACCAUUUAUGGGCUUAUAAAGAUCUUCAGUCCAGAGAAAACAUCAGAAAUGCGGCGUGGCAGCGUGAAGGCUGGGACGAGGUUGUUUAUUAUACUGUCCCUCUCAUUCAGCACAUGGAAUCUAGAGUAAUGAUUCCCAUGAAGACUUCACCCUUGAAGUAACCAGUGACAAACAGCAGGGGGAACCUCUCAGCAACCCUUGCAAACAUCACUGAUCUGCAGAGAGCAUAACCAGCCGUUGGAGUGUGCACUACCGGGGUUAUCUGCGUAACAUCGGCACGUUUCAGUUUUUUUCCUUUCUUUUUUUCUUUACUUCCGUUUUCUGUGUGGGGUUAGAAUGUCUUACUUCAGCAGAUAAUCAUCAAACUGUAUCUGUUACUGCAGUUACUGUGUUACUGAUCCAUUAAUGCGACUUAUGUAGACAAAAUAUAACUGGACAUGCUCCUCCCUGUCUCUGUCAUGUGAAAGAUCUGAUUUUAAAUGGCUUGCCUUUUUUUUUAAAGAUGAUAUUAAACUGUCAUCAGUUUUUGUUCAGAUGUGAGAAGAGAUGCAACUCUAACAUUUGGCAGCUGUAGUGCUGGUCACAGGGGCUGAAAAUGUCGUCAUAAAAUAUGCUGCAGAAGAAAACUGACAAAAGCCCUGAAAAAAAAACAAAACAAAAGCCCUCUUUGCACUAUCAUUAAUAAGAAGUCAACAAAUGCAUCUCCCUUCAGUUUCUCACAACAAAAAAAUAUGAUUACAGAGCAGUUAGCCUUUAUUAUGAGUUUGAUUUGAGUUAGCAGGUGUUUGUUUGUUUUAGAAAGAGGAGCAUGCAGUUUACAAAUCAGUGUUGUUUUUUAAGUGACAGAUAUAUGGGGACUGUUUUGCAGGUCUAAAUUCGGACCUUAGCUUUGUGUCUGGUAAAGGUCACCGGGUAUUCACUCCUCCAGAAAAUGUCAUUUUACGAUUGUAUGGCUCUAAUCACAGCCAACUGAUAACGAUGUGUAACCCCUGGCUUUAUCAAGGGGAGGAAUAAAAUUAUUUUAAACAAUAAUGUAUUGAAGAGGCACAAAAAUGUAGGUUAACAACCAGUGAAAUGUUAGAACCUACUUAAUUGUUGAUGAAUAGAAUAUUAUUCUGAAGUUGAACUUGCGCUAAUUAUCCUUGUUUGUGUCUCCUUUUUAAAUGUACCAUACCUCCAGAUUUCUUCUAACUUCAGCAUCCUGGGUACACUGUGAUGGAAAUUAUUUUGACUUCAGCACAACUAAUCAGUAUCUGCGUACUACUGUAUGCAGACUAGUGUGGCCUAUCUCUUUUUCAAGUAAUCAGUUGCAACCGGUGAUUGUGCUGCUUGACAUUAAUGGGUUUUUAAAGGUCAGAUUGUAGAUAUACACAGUAGGCUUACUUACCAAACAAAAAAAAUGUGGUGGUCAGUCCUAUAUCUGUAAAGUAAGUGUGGUAUCCUAACCUGUAUUGGUCAACAAAUUGACAGGAGAGGAUUAAUAUCACAAUGUGGUAAAUGCAAAUUGCAGUGCUUUGAUAAAAUUAGUUGUACAUAUUGAAUUAAACUUCUGAUGUAAAUGAAAAAAA